AUGGAGCAUGAAGAAAAUUGUCCAUGGCUCACAAGUGAACAGAACAAUUCCUUGAUACAUACAUUGCCUAAAAACUGCCAAAAUAGAAAAUGUUCAGUUUGGAAAGAUUUAAAAGAAUGGUUUGGAUAUUUAGGAAAUAGUCUCUCACUUUUAGCCUUUCAAGAAAUUUAUAGAGAUGUAGCACAUGAUGGAUCAGGAGUAUAUGAAAGAAUGGCAAUUGAAGGUGGAAAUAUCCUAAGAAAAGUUGUGGAAUUACAAUCUAUGGCCGGUACUAAAGAAGAUUUAUACCUUAAAGGAGUCUCGAAACUUGUGUUUGGAAUAACCUCUGGAUCCUAUGUCAACUUUAUAAAACAGCUCCAACUACAAAAAAUGUCUGACCUAGUGAAUGACACGAUGGCAUUGUGUAAUUUCGGAAGAUUAUAUCUAGCAGGUGCUCAAACAUUAACUACUCCAAGAUCAGUGUCAAAUUAUGUGAGAGUUUGUGUGGCAUUUUCAGUAAAUGAAAUUGCUGGUCCAUCACAUCACUCACCAAUACCUGAAUGGAUUGUACCUCUAAUUCAACAUAUUUAUCACACUAACAAGUUAAGACACCUCCAAUACACCUGUGAUAACCUGCUCCUCACAAAUUUGCACAGAUACAUGGGCUAUAGAUAUAAUGAACUUUUACCUAGAAUUAAAGAAUGUUUUGAUAACUUACAAAAUACACCACAGGGAACUGAAACACAUGGAUUCGUACUUUUAAACGCAUUUGCUCAGGACUAUUUCUUGAAAUUACACAAGAUGAACUAUGGUGACAAUUCUAAAGCAGAAGAGUUUGCAAAAACUGAAGCGAACAAUUUUCUUAACAGUAAGGCAAUUGAGCUUUUUUCCUGUGUACACAUGAAACUUCACUUGACGUAUUUGAAUGAGGACCUAAAGGUCAUGAUUCAAAGAUCACUAAGAGAUACAAGAACAAUAUUCAUAAAUCUUCUUGGCGCUUGCUGGUCCAUAUCGCAAAAGGAUUCCAGGAAACUGUGGCUUUCUAAUCUUUUUCAAACUUUAAGACAAAUACAACUGAGUACAAUGGCAUAUUUUUCCACUAGAACACUGACAGCAGCUGAUUUGGAGUUGAUUGAGUUCACAGGAUCAGAUUUAGCCAGAGAUAAGUUCGAGCUCUUAUUAAACCCCAAGAAUAUGAAGCCUAAAGAUUCUAGAGGAGAAAUGUCCCAAGAUUUGGAAGUAGAAAAAUCUCAAUUGGAACUACAUAAUUCUCCAUAUAAACCAUUUUCAUCACAAGUUAAGGAUGAGAGUCUUGGUAAAGAGGCACUUGUUAAGUUAGGAGGUAGUUUACUUGAGGCAUACGGUUAUGUUCAAGAAUUCGUAGUAGACAACGCGUAUAAAUUGAUUCAAAAUAGCUGUUUUACACCCUCAAAUUCCAAUACUCAACAACAAAAAGAAUCUUUGAGGACAGAAAAUGUUCUACCGCUAAAUGUAAGAUAUGAAGAGGCAUCUGAUAUGGCCCAUAUCAAAAUUCCACUAGGAAAAAUUGCAUCAGCUAAUAAAUUAGAAUAUCGUACCUUGUUGAAAAAUAAGGAUAAAAGGUUGAUGGAAUUAUCAAUAAACAACUUUGACAGAGAAUUUCCCUCAUUUUGUGUAAAGGUUCCAACCAAAAAAUGA